GCCAACGAAGAAUCCAUCACUGAUACAAAAGGUCGGCUCAUCGAGAAGGUCAGCGGCUCUAUUUUACUCUCUCAUCCGAUGCAGCUUACGACUAGUGCAAGACCAGGCUCAUUUUGUGUGGACAUUACUCCCAUAUCGCCUACCGUUGACAUGGUUCCUCUUUCCCAGCUCUGAACGACUCUAUAUAAGAAUCAUGUCCUCCACUAUAAUUUCAACUCCAUAAUUCCAAGUUGUACCUUAUAAAGAAAACCCUGCACUCAUCUCUCUCUGUUAUUUGGUGUGCGGAAGCGUAUGGAUUCCACAGAGUUAGAAAUCCCUUCUUAUUUCUUGUGCCCCAUAUCCAUGCAACUGAUGGCAGACCCUGUCACGCUGUCCACCGGUGCGACCUACGACCGACACAGCAUUGAGAAGUGGGUAUAUACGAUGGGAAACAACACCUGCCCUCUCACAAAGCAACCUCUUCCCAACACUGACCUCACACCCAACCACACACUGCGCCGCCUCAUCCAACAAUGGUGCGUCCUCAACUCCUCCGCUGGCGUCCAUCGAAUCUCAACGCCCCGGCCGCCCCUCGACGCAGAUCGCCUCAAUAAAUUACUCCAAGACAUGGCCUCAUUUCAACUGAAAUCGUUGAAGAAGCUCAGAUCUGCGGCCGCUGAGAGUGAGGGCAACAGCCGGUUCAUCGCUUCCUCCGCCGCACCGGUUGCCCUAAUCUCUGUCAUUGAAAGUUAUUCCACAGAAAGCGAUGAAGCCGGUUACUCUUACGAUGUUGCAGUCGCCUGCGAGGAAGCCUUGGGAAUUCUUUAUUCUCUUCCUUUGCCGGACGAGACGCUAGAUUCGAUAGCCACAAGUAAGUGUCUGGCCUCUCUGGCCGCCAUUCUUAAGAGAGGCACCUCCAGCGCACGGUUUUAUUCCUCCAUGCUGUUACAGACGCUUUCAAGGAAAUGCCUGGAGCGCCUUGUUAUGAACGCCAAUGAUGAGUUAAUCGAAGGGCUGCUGGAGCUGUUGACGGAGGAGGUGUCCCACCAGACCACUGUGGCUGCCCUUGAAAUGCUGAGUGCAAUCGCCUCCAACAGUCGGCGCAUGAGAAUGAAAACCAUCGAGGCAGGGGCAGUGUCCGUGUUGAUCGAAUCACUUCCCAAUCAGACUUUGGAGAAAAAAGGCAGGUGCGAGAGGAUGUUAUGUCUUCUCGAUGUAUUGUGCGGAUGUGCAGAAGGGAGGGCUGCCGUAGCCGACCACGCAAUGGGCAUCCCUGCUGUCUCUAAAAAAAUAUUGAGAGUUUCCGACUUGGCGACGGAAAAAGCCGUUCGGAUCCUGUGGUUGCUUUGUAAAAUCUCUCCUUCGAAGCGAGUGAUUGAUGAAAUGUUGCAGAUUGGUGCAGUAACCGAACUGUGCUUGCUCCUGAACUACGCAUGCUCGGCCAAGACAAGGAGUAAGGUAAAUGAGGUGCUCAGAAUGCAUGGUAAGUGCUGGAAAAGCAGAUCUUGCAUUUCCUCGGUAAAUUUUCCAGAAUAA